AUAAAUAAGUGAAUAAUAAGAUUAUGUGGAAAAAACUUGUAGUGAAAAAAGCAUUAAAUUGUAUGCAAUGUUGACUACAAUAGACAUAACAAAAGUGUACUUUCAGUCACAUGUUUUGCAUUGAAUUUUCUAAUCGUUUCGAGAAAACUAUUGAUAACUUUGAAGACAAUUGUGAAGACAUUUGUAUUAUUACUUCAAGUGUUUUGUCAUUUCAUUCCUCCUCUUUGUUGAUCACAUUGACUGCCAAACCAACGACUGUUUGUAACUGACAUCAUGUCUUCAAAUGAAGAAAAAUUUGAUGGCAUUCUGCUAUCGAUGGCCAGAGAACAUGAGGGCGGCGUUCAAGAGCUUUUGGACACAUUCUUCAGCUUUUUGUGUCGAAAAACAGACUAUUAUUCGGGACCAAUGAGAGAAGUGGCAGAGAAAUUGGUUUUAGAAAAGUUCAGAAAAUAUGCAGAAAUUGCCGACAAAGUGAUCGCUGAAAAAAAUAAAGAGAAAGAAGAGGCAGAAAACAAACGACGACAACGUUUGGAACAAAAGAAACGUCAAGAAGAAGAAUUGUUGGCCGCAAAUGCAAAACCAAAGAUUGUUGAACUAACAGAUGAAGAGGCAGAUAGUCUGCAAAAGAAGUUGAACAACGAUAAGAAUGAUGUCAACGGCUCUGAUGGAGUUAAAGGCGAUAAUGAGAGAGAAAAUAAAGACAAUGAAUCCAAAGGUGACGACGAAGAUGAAGAUGAAGCCGACAAAAAUAAACUGAAGCCUAACGCUGGCAAUGGCUGUGAUUUGGAGAACUAUUCGUGGACUCAGACUCUGUCCGAAAUCGAUGUCCGUUUGCCGCUUAAAGUGGCCUUUAAAGUGAAAGCACGAGAUAUUGUGGUCGAGUAUAAGAAACGACACCUUAAAGUGGGACUCAAAGGACAUACGCCUAUCAUAGACGGAGAACUUUAUAAUGAAAUUAAAAUUGAAGACUGUAUUUGGGUAUUACAAGAAAUGAAUACAAUUGUCAUUACAUUACAGAAAGUACACCAAAUGGAGUGGUGGUCUAAAUUGGUGACAACCGAUCCCGAUAUGAACACUAAAAAAGUGAAUCCCGAAGCCUCUAAAUUAGGAGAUUUGGACGGAGAAACCAGAUCUAUGGUCGAGAAGAUGAUGUACGACCAAAGACAGAAAGAAUUGGGUUUACCUACGAGUGAGGACCAGAAGAAACAGGAUCUCCUCAAGAAGUUUAUGGAACAACACCCGGAAAUGGAUUUUACUAAUUGUAAAUUCAACUAAUCAUUUAAAAUAAACUUUAUUAACAAUUUAUAAUCAAAUUAUGAUUUAAUAUAUCAAUUAUUAUAAUUAUUUUAUUAA